GGAAAAAGCAAAAAGGGAAAGGGAACAUGCAUUUGAUGUGAGGGUAGCAUGCCAGAACAUGCCGAGAGAUCUCAGGUGAAUGGCAAAAAGGAUGCUACCGCAGGAAACAGCAACUCUUCGAAUCAAUUCGCAAUCCUUCAAAAAGCCAAAGUGGAGGAAUUUUCAGAAUAUGCAGCAUUCAGAUAUGCAGAAAAGAAGAGGGCAAGAGAUCAAGGCACAAAAGACAAAGACAAGACCAUUCCCACAACCAAGGAUAACUUCCAGGACCUGCGUCCCAAGGCAAGAAAAACAGGCAAAAAUCAGAAAAGAAAGGACGCCAGCAACAAUCAAAUGGAGGUGGAAGAGAAAUCUGAGCGGGACCUGUUGGAAAAAGAAGUUGCAGUGGUGCUGUCUCAAACUGAAAAGUUGAAGAAGUGGAACAGAGAAUAUGCACCAGAAUUCACAACCAUCUCACAGAUUGCAAAUGGCAAAGCCCCAAUGGUGGUGGAAUCGGCUAAAGCAGCCCGAAGGACGCUGAGAAACAUCAAACCACUGAUCGCAGCCAGAUACGAGCCAAAUGCGAAGGAGUGGCAAAUCGCAACUGACAUAGCGUUCCAUAUUCCCCAUUUUGUGGAAGGGGAGAACGUGGUCAAGUCGCUCAAAAGACAGGUGUCUCUAGAAACCCCAUUGGGACUGUUUGAGACGAUUGCGAUUCAGACAAACCGGGACGAGUCCUGCUCCCAAGAGGGCGAAGGAAGCACUCACAAUGGAAAGGGAGAUUCAAGCAGGAACUCCCCAAGAGCCUUCUCCCCCUUGAUAGCCAAGAUGCCAGAUUCUACGCAGCUAGGAUCAGGGAUGCUAUGGAGACCCUGGCGAACAGUGACUGAAGUCCCAUACAGCAUCCUCGCAGGUGUUGGAGUGUCGGCAGAAUUGAUGGCCUCAGCGCUGGCAUACAUCGUAGAAACAGGCCAGCUAGAAGGAAACGAAGACCUGGACGCGAGAGCUUAUGCUGUGGACAGUGAAAGAUUCUAUAAGAGUGAUGCUUCAGAUGGCGAGUCAUGGGACGGGGAUGAUGAAAGAGAAAAGUUGGAUCAGCUGAAAGAUCUGGACAAAGUCGAGAAUGGCCAAAUGGAGUCUGAGGGGACAGAAGGAACAGACUCAGAGAAGGUGGUUUCGGUGGGAGUUUCUGACACCCUGCCCAGGGAGGUCAAUGGACAGAUCACCAUCCCAAUAGACAGAGUGGAGGAUACGACGAAGGAUAACCUAAGCCCUCUGUAAACCAGGUAACUCCCUAAUCCACCCUAACAGUAUCCAUGGAGAACUAUAGGAGAAGAGCGAAUGAGACGGGAAACCAAAUUAAUUGGAGAAACCAAGGUCUUACUCUUAGGAGCUGGAAUGUCAAUGGUCUAGGGAACAUAAUGGAAAGAGAGGAAAAAUGGAACGACCUAUGGUCAGGACUGUCACUGAAAAACAAAAAGGCAGCGGACAGAGUGAUGCUCCAGGAAACUCAUCUCACUCUUUCAGCGGACCAUAACAGAAUUCGCUCCUUUAUCGCCAGAAAGCUUGGUGGUCUGAGGGAUGAAAUAUGGGCGGCUGAUCCUGACUCCAGCACCAAGGGAACAACCAUAACAGAGGAUUCGUGAAAACCAAAGAAAACAAAAUCUCUGGUUUGCACGAAAUAUUAGCAUAAUUCAAGAAAAGUCUUUUUUCGAGGGCGUUCGGUACACUGUCAUUCGGCGUGAAGGAGAAGGUACCAGAAACACAAAAAACAAACACGAUUAGCAAAAGUGGGAUCCGGGGCUUGUAGUUUCGUAACAAAAUAGCAAAAAAUAA